UGAAGAGAGUGAGUGACUUCCCUACUUCCCUCAUUAUCAUCACCGUCUUCUUCCUCAUUUUGUCUCUUUCCGUCUACCGUCCCAGAUUUUUUUUUCUUCUAGCAUCAUCAAGAAAUCCGUUUGUUCUUCGUCGUAAUGGCCAACAUGCUGACAUUCGUGACUGUCCUUGCCGUUGCGUUCGUAACAGUCAACGGCGCCAUUCGGGUGGACGACAAGCGUGGAUUCCGCUACUGCCGAACCCCCCAGCUUGCACAGAUUGAGAGCGUGCAAGUCACAGGUUGCAAUAGAUGGCCUUGUUUCAUUAUCCCGGGCAGGACUGGUACAUUCCAGAUCACCUUCUCGCAUAGCUCAGAAAUCCCCAUCAGCAACAUGGUGAGCAGCAUCUACGCCCGCGUGAGUCUGCCCGUGACCAACCUGGGCGCCGGCAACACCCGCGUGGCCAUGCCCCACGAGACCAAGCAGCCCGUGUGCCAGCUGACCACGCCAGGAUGCCCAGUCUACCCCAACACCAAGACGACCAUUAGCAAGACUAUCGUCGUGCCCCAACAAGCUCGUUUGGUGCGAGGUCCCAUGAUGGUGGAAUUCCAGGUGAAGGAUAACCUCGGCAGGAUGGUCACCUGCUUCAUGGCUCCCGUUUUCACGAACUAAGACCCCCGGCGGCGCACUCUUCUCUCACGCAACCCACGCACCUUUUUACCUCAGUACUCAUCUCCCUGGUCCAAUAACCGUGAUUCUCAGUGUCCUCCAUGUUGCUGUUAUUAUUAAUAUAUGUUAUUAUUAUUAUUAUUAUUAUUAUUAUUAUUAUUAUUAUUAUUAUUAUUAUUAUUAUUAUUCAGUUCUGUUGUGAUUUAGUGUCAUGUGAAUAUUG